AUGGGCGUCUAUUCCUGUUGCCGACGAGUACCAUCAGAUCAAAGAACAUACACGAACCAACUUAGUAAGUAUCCUGCUGGGACGCCUCUUUUGCGCUAUUAUGAAGAAAAUCGCUCCACGAUAUACCCCUUACUGAGAUAUCUGUACCUGGGCCUGGUAACUCCACCACCGUUGGCGUUGUCAUCGCCAACGGGGGACGAGUUCCUGCUCCUAGAUGCGAUGUUCUACUAG